GACGUACCCUGAGAGACUUGGGAUGUACCCUCAGAGACCUGGGACAUACCCUCAGAGACUUAGGAUGUACCCUCAGAGACUUGGGACGUACCCUCAGAUACUUAGGAUGUACCCUCACACACGGCAUUGUGAUAUUUCUGGCAGCGCCUGAACGCACCGCACUCCCUCUCGCUGCUCUUUCCCUUUAAGUGCAGAUGAAAGGCUGUUGCGUAAUUUGGGUGAAAGUGGAGGAGGAAGAGGAGGAAGUGGAGGAGGAACACGACGAGGACGACUGGAUGGAGGACAGCUCGCGGUGACACAUCGAAGAGGAGUCCGACAGGCGUGUGCCACGAUGGAGCUGAUACUGCUAUCGGGAGGUGUUCUGCUUCUCCCGGUCUUCGCCGUCGUCGCCUCCUUCCUGUUCUGGCCUGGAGUCUUCCUCAAGGCCUACAACUGGUUCUGGCGUUGCCGGCUGGGCCUGGCGGUCCGCUACUCUCACAGCGGAAGCUACCGCUUCUGUUACUGCAGCCGCGGGACGCCAGGGGGCGCCGCGCCGUCGCUGCUGCUGCUGCACGGCUUCUCCGCCACCAAGGACAUGUGGCUGCCUCUCGUCAAGCACCUCCCCAGAGGCCAGCAUGUGGUGUGUGUGGACAUGCCGGGACACGAGGGGACGACUCGCACCGGCGCCGAGGACUACAGCAUCCAGGGGCAGGUCACCCGAAUACACCAGUUUGUGCAGAGCGUCGGGCUGGACAAACGACCCUUCCACCUGGCGGGGACAUCGAUGGGUGGGAACGUCGCCGGGGUGUACGCCGCCCGUUACCCAGCUCAGCUGUCCGGCGUCACCUUGAUCUGUCCGGCAGGUCUGGUGUAUCCAACAGAAACCGAGUUCAUCCGUCGUCUGAGGGAGCUCGAGAAGACUCAGCAGGCGGAGUCGAUCCCUCUGAUCCCGUCCACUCUUCAGGAGCUGGAGGACAUGUUGAAACUCUGCUGCUACAACCCCCUCAACCUCCCCCGGCAGGUCAUGCGGGGUCUCCUUGACAACAGGAUCCCCAACAAUGAUUUCUACAAAGAAGUGUUCAUGGAGAUCGUCGGCGAGAAGUCUCGUCACUCGCUGCAGGAACACUUGCAUCUGAUCACGACCCCCAUGCUGGUCGUCUGGGGGACGGAGGACCAGGUGGUGGACAUCUCGGGGGCGGCCGUGCUGGAGGCGGCGCUGCCAAACUGCCAGGUGGCACUGUUGGACAACUGUGGUCACUCUGUGGUGUUGGAGCGGCCCCGGAAAGCUGCCAAUCUCCUCAUGGACUUCCUGUCUGGACAGGAAGUCAACUGUGAUAACACUAAGAAACUUUCCUGAAGAAAACCGUACGACCUCCCUCUGGACGUGGAAGGCGAGGAGGAUGGAGGUUAUGAUGAAGUGGUAUCAUCUGUGGUAUCAUCUGGUGGUGACUGUUUAUAGUUUGCUAUAAGGGUUUUUACAUCGGUGAAAAAUGAAAUGGACGUAGAGAAGUGGGACAGUCAGUCAAAUAUUCCUGAUGUUUUUGGACACAAAGCACCACGAAGGAGGUAUUAAUCUCCGUUUUAUUAGGUGACGUUGAAUAAAAACAUUCCACGUGGGGAUUUUGCACAUUUCUCUUUCAGAAAAAACUGUAUUUAAAUGUCGUGUGAAUAACGGUCGUUUGUUUGUGUGCGUGUGAAUUCUCCUGCUGUGAACCGACUGCACAAUCAACCUCAUGGAAACCCAUUCAGAACGAAUUUCAGAAUGGAAACAUGUACUGUGGGUGAAUAAUGUUUGUACGUGUGCAGACAUUAUUGAAUCACCUAAUUUAUCAAAGAGUGUUUAUGGUCUACAAAAAGAAAUCUUCUGCAUAAUUAAAGUAAUUGUUUACUGACUGAUUGGAAA